AUGCGGUCACGCUUCAGGCCCGAGUCUGAAGACGCGAAAGCAGCGCCGUGCGAUUUCGGCCGGUUUAAAAGAUCUAGUGUAACCUUUGGUCUGGAAAAAGCGUUAAAAGAAAUAGAUGAUGUCUAUGAAAAAUACAAGUCAGAAAAUGAUCCUGUUCAGAAGAAACGCUUGCAGCAGCAUCUUCAGCGCGCUUUAAUCAACAGCCAAGAACUUGGAGAUGAAAAAAUUCAAAUAGUUACUCAGAUGCUAGAACUGGUAGAGAAUAGAGCCCGGCAAAUGGAAACACACUCUCAGUGUUUUCAAGAUCUGUCUGAGAACGAAAAGCCUCUAGAAAAGGCAAAGAUGGAGUCCUGCCAGCCAGAGAGAUCUUCGCGUAGACCUCGUCGCCAGCGAACCAGCGAAAGCCGCGAUCUGUGCCAUAUAGCAAAUGGUAUCGAUGACUGCGACGAUCAGCCGCCUAAAGAAAAAAGAUCUAAAUCUGCCAAGAAGAAAAAACGCUCCAAAGCCAAACAAGAGAGAGAGGUUUCACCUGUAGAAUUUGCAAUUGAUCCCAAUGAACCGACUUACUGCUUAUGCAACCAAGUGUCUUAUGGCGAAAUGAUAGGGUGCGAUAACGAACAGUGUCCUAUCGAGUGGUUCCACUUUUCGUGUGUUGGACUCACCUACAAACCAAAGGGGAAAUGGUAUUGCCCCAAGUGCAGAGGGGACAACGAGAAAACGAUGGACAAAUGUACUGACAAAUCAAAAAAGGAUAGAAGAUCGAGGUAGUGAAAGCAAUUCGUGUUUUAAAGAGUUGCUCCUUUUAUAUUAAAAUGUUUAAUUUCCAGAGAACGCUGUUUUAGGAAAUGCAUAAGACUAUGCAAUAAUUUUUAAUCUAUAAUAUUAAUGGAGUAUUAAAAGCUGUUAUACCUUCUGUGGUCUUUAACUUUCUGCACUGAAUAACCAAAUAGUUGAAACAGGGUGGCUUCAGACCUUCACAGAAGACAUUACAAGCAUAUGGCGCUUGGUUUCAGUUUAACCCCGUUAGUGUUUUAAAAAACUUUGAAUCUUGAAAUAAUGACGGUGGGAAAGAUACUGAAGAACUUUUCAUAUUAUGGGAAAGGCACUGAAAGGCCUCGUGUAACUGCUAGAAUCUUAACAACUGAAUUUGUUGUUUAUCCCAGGUCUUAAGUUUUUGGGUUUUGUGUUGACAUCACAGCUCUGGAAUUAGGGUUUCUGAAUUCAGCUGUAACUGUAAAAGUCUUCCGAGCUAAAAGCAGACCUCUUCAGUGACUUUCAUAUGACCAGUAUGUUAUUUCAAGGAAGAAAAUACCACUAACUUAAGCUUUUUUUUUUUUUUGGUCAAUAUUAAACUCUUUUCUCUGUGACU